AUGACCUACUAUUCUGAAAGCGUUGACGAGAUCCGUGCCGAGCACAUUGCUGAAAUCGACGCUUUUGCGAGUGUUCUUCGGAACAACCGCGUAAAGAAACUGUCCGAUUGGGAUGACACUUCCAGAAACGUCGAGUUUUCAGUCCAGGUAAUCCGUUUUUCCAUAAAUUUUCUUAGAGAUAGUCGAAACAACCUGAGUUAUUUAAAGUAAACUUAACUUUCAGGUGGACUUCGACACUGUCAGAGUAAAAGAUGAACAAGGAGGACAAAAGGGACAGAUUACGCUCUCCGGACCGCAUAAUUCCCGUCGUCUUUGCUUUCUCCCACCUGUUCUGCUUAGAUUCGAGCUUCCCGACGAUUAUCCGCUGAAAUCGUCUCCAAAAUUUGAAAUUGAGAGUUACUGGAUGACGGAAGAACAAAUUGAAAUGUGCAGGAUGGAAGUGAACACGACUUUGAAGAAAAACGAAGGAAUCAUUGUCUUGUUCUCGUGCUACUAUUCUCUGAUCGAAAGUGUCAAGAACCUGAACAUCACGUUCAUUGACCUGAGCACAGUCUCCACCCAAACGGAAGUUAAUGCGCAAGAACUUUUCGAUAAAAACGUGGCCGUCUAUGAGGAUCUUCUUGAUGACUUAUACGAUGGAAAAAGCGUAAAUUGCAUGGUAUGAAACAUCUAAAAAAAAGUGAACGAUUAUGAAGAAAUGUUUCAGACUUGUUCUGCCUAUGUGAGACUCCCGGAAACCUUCAGAUUCAUAAAGUGCAGACAUGUUUUCUGCAAAACGUGCGUCAGAACGUACUAUCAGAGGCUGGUUAAUAGACCGAUAGUGAGUUUUUAUAGCUUUUUUGAAUAAUCUGUAACGUGUCCUUUCAGAACAACCAUUUUCUCUGUCCACAUCCCAUGUGCGACACCGAGGCGGAGCAGCAGGUCAUCAAAGAAUGCCUUGGAGAACUCCUUUAUGAAAAGUGAGCCCAAACUAUCACAAUUUUUCGGAAAACUAUUUUUACAGGUACGAUCGGGCUCUUUUGGAAAAGUGCAUCCGCGAGAGCGGCGAACUGUUUCCAUGUGCCAGAAGAGAAUGUCAAAAGCCAGCACAGAUUCUCGACAAGUGAGCUCAUUAUGCCAUUUAUCUAAUAAAAACCUCCCAAUCAAUUUCCAGAAAUAGUAACCUCGUGCAGUGCACCUUCUGUGAGUACAACUUCUGCAAACUAUGCGGUCGCGCAUACCACGGUAGCGCCGAGUGCAAGAUUAAAAAAGGUACUUUAUUUGUGAUUGGGAAUACCAAUUUGGGAUUGAGAAAGUGCAUUUUGUAACAAGGAAUUUCAGAGGAAUAUGAAGAGAUCAUGAGAAUUUACCGAACAGGAGAAAAGGAGGAGCGUAUUGCUCUUAACAAAAAGUACGGAGGGAUCAGUAAUGUGGAGGAUCUGGUGAGCCGGAUUCCAAAAAUGGAAUGGUAUACGGAGAAAUCGAAAGAGUGUCCCGGAUGUUAUGCUUUUAUUGAGGUUAGUUGAAAAAUUGAGCCGAAUGUGGUGCCCGUAGGAGAAGAUGCUCAGUGUCCGCAUAUUAUUAAGUUAAAAAACUCUUCAAUCGAUUCCUUUCAGAAGUCGGACGGAUGCAACAUGAUCCAUUGCAUUCAAUGCAACGUCAACUCCUGCCUACUCUGUGAUGAAAUCAUUGCCGGAUACACCCAUUUUAAUGAGGCAAGGCACCCAAACGUCACGACUUUCAAUAAGUUGUGCUUAAAUUUCAGGGUACCUGUGCCGGCAGAUUGUUCGAAAACACAGUGUCAAACGCGGAGGCCGAACUGUAG